AGCAGGCAGAGUCUGGGGUGGGAACAGAAGGAAUUGUGUUGGGAUUUGCCUUGGAAAGGGUUGAGGCAGGAGAGAGGAAAGCAAUACCCAGGUCUGGGAGAGGGAAGGGCAGGAUGGACCUGGGGGAGAGACCAGCCCCAUCUCCUGUGAGGAGGGAACUGAGCUGCCUGGGAACAUGACUGGGAAGAACAUGCCCGUUCCCACUCUGGCAGGUUGUCACACCUUGAGGAAGAGCAUCCUCCCUGACUUCAUCCCUCCAGCCACCCAGGACCAGCUCAGAAUUUCCCAGGGAUUCUCCCUGCUUGUGCUUCCAAGCAAGGAGCAGUAGAGGGAGACUGAGGAAAGCUGCUGGAGGCUUCAGUGGCUGGAGAGCUCCAGGGAGAUGUGCAGGCUGGGUUGGUUCAGGCUGGGUUGGUUCAAUCACUGUCCCACGUGAGGCUGGGGCUGGAGGACCCUCCCAGCCCAGUCCCAGCCCCAUUUCAUUGUCAGACUCUGACCCUCUGUGCUCCCUGCUGCUGCCUCUGCCUCAUGCCUUCAGGGAUGUGGGCUCCUUCCUCUGUCCAGAGCCAUGCUGGGUCAUCUCAACCUGCAGAAGCUCAGCCUGUACCCUGUGUCCAAAGUUCAGCCUGUGCCCACACUCCAAAGGAAGCUCGCAAUGGGGGGAUGAGUUUCACAGGCAAGAACAUGGCUCUGCUGUGCCUCAUCCUCCAUCCUGCAAAGUGGCUCUCCCCUGCGCUGGGGGGAAUGUUACCCAGAAGUUACACAGAGUCAGCUGCAAACCUGCAAGUCACUGGUUUGGAACUUGGAGGCACCUCUGGGAUGUCCUGUCCAUCCACUGGCCUAGCAGAGCCAGCUUUAGUGGGUCCAUCGUGGUGGGAUUGCUGAGAUGUGCUGUGCAGGCUCAGGAGUCCUUGUGAGUUCCUUCCAACACAGGGAGUUCCAUGAUCCUGUUCUAGAAUUAGGCUGCUGGAAGCUGUGACCAGGUGGUGUUUGAGAAUCUCCCCGAAUUGAACUUCCAGCAGCUUGGCAGUCUGCUCUGGUUUUGACAGUCCUCAUAGGAAAAAAAGGUUUUUCUUUCAAGUGGUAUUUGCUGGUUUUGCUUUGUUACUGUCUCAGUCCUUACUGGGACACUCCUGGCUCAAAGGGUUGGCUCUCUGCACCCUCCUGCCAGGGCUUGCCUGGGUGACAUUCCGCUGCCCCUUCUCCAAGCUAGGCACAUUCAGCUCAGCCUCUCCUUGUGGCAGGUGCAGUCCCCUCAUCAUCAUCAGGGAAUAUCCUUCUGUGGAGAUCAAAAAGUCAUCUGGACACCUCCUCCAGGGAACUCUUGUGGAGCAGAGGGUGGGAUGGGGUGACCUCCUGUUGCGCCAUCCAUUCUGUACUGUCCUGUGGUCAUCAUCACUCAAUCUGCUCCAGUGUGCCCCCAUCUCACAGUGGGAGCACCAGCAUCCCCAGUGCCAGGGGAGGGGUCCCAUCUCUGAGAGAGGCUCUGCCCAUGGCACCCAGGAGAGCAGUGACUACUCUGCCAGUGGCCAGCUUGGUGCUGCCAGGUUUCUGGGCAGGGCUGCUGUUCUCCAGCAUGCCUGGACUGGGGAAUGUGGGGCUGCUGGUCCUUACUGGGCCUGGCUGGCACUGGGAGAAAGAGCUGAGCCUGUGUUUUACUGCCCCUGAUGCAAUCCUGCUGCAAUCUGCUUUCCAAGGCCGUUGACUCAGUGGAAGGAUCUGCUCAAAGGGGCCCCUCUAGGGCACGAAGGCUGCGGCAGCAGAGGGGAGAGGGGUCCUGGGGGGUAGCAGCUCCUUCCUCUGCCCAGGUAGGGAAACCAGUGGGGUCAGUAGUUGCCAUCACCAGGCAACACUGGUGGUGAUCUGUGGAGAUCUGGCUACCAAGCUGUGCUUCUUCCAGGCUCAUCGGCCCUUGCUGGGGCUCUGCCAAGAAUGUUUUACCCCAGGACUGACCUGGUUGUGGCCCUGGAGCUGUGCCCCUUUGCCCCAUGGCAUUCAUGAGCUGGGUGCUGAGAUGCUUCUGCCAGCCGGAGCAGAGCAGGCAGGGUGAAGGCUGGCUCCUCCUGAUGGCAUCUUGGAAUCCCCAGGCUCCGGGGGGACCCCAGAGCCCCUUCCAGUGCCUAGAGGGGCUCCAGGAGAGCUGAAGAGGGGCUUUGGACAAGAGCUUGGAGUGACAAGAGGAAACAACUUCCCAUUGCCAGAGGGCAGGGGACUGGCAGAGCCCCCACAUCCCUGGCAAAGGUGCCAGCAUCCCCCACAGGGCUGGCAGCAUCCCUGGCUCAGCGGGAAGUGCUCUCAUCCCUCAGCAAGCCAACGCAUUCCCCCGUGCUGUGCCCUGUCCAAGUCACAGUGUCACCCACCGUCCUGGUCUGAGUGGAAAAUGGGCUGAAGAGGAGAGGUGCAGGGGGAGAAGCCGAAGGUCUCCACAGGCACGGCUGCAGCUCGCUGCUGAGGUGUCGCCAGUGCUGUGACAGGACCGCGCUGCCCUGUCCCAGCCGUGCCAUAAACCCGCUGCCUGGCCGGGGAGCCGAUAACAGCGGGGCUGAAGUCCAACGCAGGCAGCUCCAGGGGAGCACAUUCCAGCCCGGGGCUCACAGCGUGGCCUCUUCCAGCUCCGUGUUCCCGUCGUGGUGCCCGGGAUGGCUGCAGGCGGGCGGGCGAUGCUGGCCCUGCUGGUGCUGCUGGCCAGAACUGUCCUCCCCAGUGGAUCCGUGGUCGUCAACAGCUGCAGCAGUGCGGCUGAGCAGCUCUGCAACUUCGUCUGUGACUGCAGCGACUGCUCGGAUGAGAACCAGUGUGGGUACCUAUGGGGCUCAGCAGUGCUGGGCACCCCCUUCACCUGUGACUUUGAGGACAGUGACUGUGGCUGGCAGGACGUGGGCACCUCGACGUAUGGAUGGGUGCGAGGCCGGGCCAGCCUUGCCAAGUGGGGCAUGGGGCCUCAUUCAGACCACACCGUGGGCACUGACCUGGGUUGGUUCUUGGUCACCAUGUCCCCCCCAGCAAAGACCACGGCCACAGCCUGGCUCAGGUCACCGGAGAUGCGGGAAGCAGCUGCCACAUGUGAGAUCAGAGCCUGGUAUCACCUCUCAGGGAGAUGUGAGAGCACCCAAGGGCUGAACCAGACAGAGCGGCCGGUGCUGCGCCUGGCCGUGGCACACAGGGAUGGGGUGGUGGAGCUGUGGCAGAGCCCUGAGCACAGCAGGGAGGGCUGGCACCCGCUUGUUGCCUACCCCGGACGGAUUGUGGAGCAGUUCCAGCUCAUCUUCUCCCUGACACAACCACCCACCUGUGGGGCAGAGGUGGCGCUCGAUGACAUCAUGUUCAGGAACUGUGGCUUACCCGAGGUCGGGCAGCAGGCCUGCGGGGCCCAGGAGAGGCGCUGCCACCGCGGCUCCUGCCUGGCACAGCGUCGUUUCUGCGACGGCACCGACGACUGCGGGGACAACUCGGAUGAGGGCGCGGCGCAGUGCAAGAACUUCACCUGCUGCUCCUUUGACUAUGAUCUCUGUGGCUGGGAGACGGCGGCCGGGCCCCCAGUGUGGGGCAGGAACACGAGCCUGAACCUGGGCACCUCCUACAGCAUUCCCACUCGGGACCACAGCAACAACAGCAGGGCAGGUUUUUUCCUCCAUGUGAGCAGUGACCCCACUGCACAAGCUGGUGGCACAGCUCAGCUCAGCAGCCCCACCUUCCAAGCCACCAACUCCUGUUCUCUCGUACUGUACUGUCACCUCCAUGGCUCAGCCACCAGCACCCUCAGCAUCUCCUAUGUGACCAACUCUACCAAGCACCUGAUGAGGGAAAAGACAGGAGACCUGGGCAGCUGCUGGGUGCGGGAGAGAGUGGACUUCAAUGUGGCGGAUCCCUUCAAGGUGCUGAUCGAGGGGUUGGCUGGCAGCGGGGGGACCGUGGCUGUCGAUGACCUCAUCCUGUCUCAGGGCUGUGUGAAGGAGCAGGAGAAGCCUCUGGUCACACUGCCGAGCCAGGCCCGUGCCAGCCCCUGCGCAGCAGACGAGGUGGCCUGUGACAGUGGGGGCUGCAUUGCUGCAGAGCUGGCCUGCGACUUCGCCCACACCUGUGCUGACGGCUCCGACGAGGAGCGCUGUGGGACAACAAACUUCGAGUCAGGGGCUGGGGGCUGGCACGACGUCAGUGUGGGGCGGCUGCGCUGGGCUCUGCAGAAGGUCACUGAAUCUGACAUCUUCCUCACAGGGACUUUCCUGGCCCUCCAGACAGGAGAAGGACAGAUGGUGGGUCCUGCAAAGGCACGAUCACCUCUGCUGGGCCCCUCUGGCCCUGCCUGCACCAUGGAGAUGAGCUACCACAUCCACAGUGACCCCCAAGGCUUCCUUGCCGUCAGUGUCGCAGAUCACACCACUGGCAGCACCCAGCUGGUCUGGCAGACACAAGGCCGUGGCAGCACAACUGGGGGUCACGUCCGUGUCCCUCUGGGAGAGAGAAGCCGGCCCUUUCAGGUCGAGCUGCUGGCACUGGUGGAUCUCCAGGGCUCAGCCAGUGUCGGUGUUGACAACGUGACAUUCGAGCAGUGCUACCACGACGUGGUGACACCCACAGCUGCGGAGCUGUCCUGCAACUUUGAGAGGGGCAUGUGUGGCUGGUACCAGGAUCUGUCCAGUGACUUCAAAUGGGUCCACAGCACAGGGCAGGGACAGGGCUCUGACCACACCACCGGCUCGGGCUACUUCUUGUCCGUGGAUGCCUCUGUGCCAUGGAGCCACGGGCAGCGGGCGCUGCUCCUCAGCUCCCACCAGGAGCCGGCCGCUGCCCUUCGCUGUCUGUCCUUCUGGUACCGCCUGGCGGGCCCACAAAUCGGUACCCUGAGCCUCAAGCUGUGGCCAGAGGGAGGAGAGGAGGAGGUGCUGUGGACCCGCCGCGGAACCCAGGGCAGCAUCUGGCACCGGGCACGGGCGACACUGCCCUCCACGGGCCAGCGGCGGUACCGGGUGGCUUUCGAGGUGCUGCACGACGGUUUCCUCGGCGACGUGGGGCUGGACGACAUCACGCAGACAGCGGGACCCUGUGGGGCCGAGCUCUCCUGCUCCUUCGAGGUGGAGGGCUGUGGGCUGGCAGCCAGUGGAGAGGGCACCUGGCAGCGACAGAGCAACGGCACCGGCACCACCGCCGGCCCUGUGGCCGACCACACCACGGGCACCGCCGCAGGCCAUUACAUGGUGGUGAACACGGGCAGGGUCUCCCUGCCUGCAGGGCACACGGCUGCCCUCACCUCCCAGCCCUACCAGCCCUCAGUGUCUGCCCAGUGCCUGGCCUUCUGGUACCAGCUGAGCCCUGGGACCCCAGGCUCCCUCAGGGUGUUCGUGGAGCAGAGCAGGGUGAGGAGGAAGGUUCUGAGCGUGAGCACCAUGGAAGGGAGCAGCUGGCACCGCAGCCAUGUCACCGUCCAGCCUGAUGGCGACUGGCAGGUGGUGUUUGAGGCAGUGGGAGCUGGGGGUGACCACGGAUACAUCGCACUGGAUGACCUGCAUGUGUCGGAGGGAGCCUGUCCCAAGCCAGCAUCCUGUGACUUCGAGCAGGACACUUGUGGCUGGAGCAGCCCCUCGGACCCCCGCUUGCACAGCUUAGCCUGGGGCUGGAAGAGUGGUGUCACCCUGGCCAAGUACCCUGGCCCUGAGCAGGAUCACACCCUGGGUACAAGGAAUGGUCAUUACAUGCACUUUGACACCAGCGUGCUGGGUGCCAGGGGCACCAGUGCCCUGCUGGAGAGCCCACCCCUGCCUGCAGCCACCGACUCCUGCCUGCGCUUCUGGUACCACAUGGACAUCCCGGAGCACCUCUGUGAGCACUGCAGGGGCAGGGAGGAGGGGCCCAGGGUCCCUGGGACUCCCUGGCUCCAUGGGAGUGGGGGCCUCAGUCCUCCCCACCUGUGCACCGCGGCCACUGCUUCAGUUCCAGCUGGGCAGUGGCGAUGGCCCAUUCCCUCUGGGUGCUGCCGUCCCAGUAGAGGAUGGCAUGGCUGGGGGGGCUCGGGGCAGCCGGUGAUGGCAGGGCUCCUGUGCCCCGUCCUUGCAGCCAGCGGGGAGCUGCGGGUGGCGCUGCGCGGCGCGGGGGGCCAGCGCACGGUGUGGAGCGUGCCGGGGCACCGCGGCCGGGGCUGGCGGGGAGCCGCGGUGCCGGUGCAGAGCCCCGGUGAGUUCCAGAUCAGCUUUGAGAUCACCACACGGAGGUGGCCGAUGGAGGGGACAGUGGCACUGGAUGACAUCAUGUACAGCGCCAGGGUGGGCUGCCAUUCCAGCCCGGAGAGUCCAGUGGAAGGUGCAGGGAAGAGGGAGAAGCCCUCUGGCAGUUUCGUGGCGGAGGUGGCACUCAGUGUGCUCCUGGCCCUCGUCAUAGUGGCGCUGGGGGCUGCUGGGGGCUGGUGCUGGCUGAAACAGCAAAGGCUGGCGAGCAGGACACCGACAGAGAACAACAGUUCCCAGGGCUUCGACAACAUCACCUUCCGAGAUGACAAGGUCAUUAUAUCUCCACGGGAGGGGGAUGAGUCUUGAAAUUAGCAGCCAGCAGCAGGAAUUGCCUGCUCCCCCCGGGCAGACCAGCCCUCGACAGAACCCACACUCCAUCAGCUGCCUGCUCUCUGCCCUGGCACCAGGAGCCGGCGCCCCGAGGAGCCUGCCCCGCCCAGGGACACACCGCGGCCAUCACUACCUCCAAGUGCUCGGGAAAAGCGUUUGUGUUGUUUGUAACAUGAAGUUUUGCUCACAAGA